UCACCGUCUGUCGUGUGCAUAGUCCCACAAUCAUGGUGGAAAAAGUAAGGUGGUCGAACUGGUGUGGGGCUUUUUCCGACUGUUUGCCUUUGUGAAUUCGUUUAUUUUUGGUAACUACGUGAUUAGGAACAAUGCUGUAACAAACGUGUAUGCGUUUGCGGCAUACAGCGAAAAGUAAUUACAGUCUAGUGUUCCAAGCAAAAUGUCUACGUUCGAUUAAGGUGGUUCGAGUUAAGAAGAGCAGAAGCGUAAAGCAAAGCGGAAACCUAGCGGAGUAUACAAAUGAGAAAAUCCUUCCCUGUAUAGCAUUCCGGAAGCGAAGCUGCUUCCUGCUAGGCACAAUUAAUUGUGAUUACUUUGUGUGAAAAGCAAAUCGCCAGUUUUGUGUCAACUUUUGCUACUCAAAAUCGUGUGUGUGUAUUACGAACACAGAAUUUUGCUGCACGCAAAAGAACCAAGCGUUGUGUCGGUGCAUGUGCGUAUGUGUGAGAAUUGAGCAAUGUAUGUAGUGUUUGCCAGCCCCUGUUUGACGCUGUGCCAUGUUUUCGAUACUAAGAAUCUGUGAAAACCCCUAAUUUCGUCGCAAGCUUAUCAAUUGUUUACGUGUCCGGUGCAAUAGAUAAAGUUCUGAAAACUUUAGUUCAGUCCUUAAUAACCCGUACGGGACACGGUGUGCAUCAGCGUCCAUGCAUUCGAUCAAUCUGGACAACUGCGAAGGGGAAGGAUUGGCGAAACCGACGCGAAGCAGUCUUUCCCCGGUCGGGGACUGCAUCGUCGAGGACGGUGAAUCUGCGCGAGACGAUAGGGUGGAUGAAACGGAUGAGAAUGAUAACAGCAGCAAAAGCCAACGCAUAAUCCAAAUGAGCUCAUCAACGUAUGAACGAAUAUUCCACAGCGCGGAUCGUGUCCCGGAGCGUAAAUCGUCCUCACUGUUAAGCUCGCCCGGUCCAUCCUCGUCGCUGAAACAGCAAGAGGUGAAACCGGAUACACCGACCAGCACAACUACUAGUUCCCCGCAGAGCAACAUUAUUUUUCAUCGCACUUACAAUAAAAAGCCCACUCAGGUGGUGUCACGCGUAAACGCAUUGGACAGUUGCACAGGAAGCAUGUCACCGGUGGCCAGGCGUCCUGUGAUUUGUGUCGAGGAUAUUCGAUUGCGUAUUGGUUUGCCGAAUCGUCAUGGCGACGUGCUCAUUCGAUCGGACAUCUCAAGCCGCACCGAUGAGAGUCCGACGAGUCGGUUCAAUAAUGCUCAGUCUUGCAUCAUUCGUCGAUCGUUUCAUAAGGAAAACCUCAUGACGUUUGGAAUUGCCAAGAUUCGUCUCGAGCAGGAUGCGUCCCGAUCGGACGGCGGUAAGGAAGGAGGUAGAAAACGUGUCAGUAAUUCCCACGGCAAGAAGGAGCGCAAUGUAACGCAGACAGUUGAACAAAAUGAACCACCUACCGCCGAAGGUAUGGAGAUCGGUGAGGAGCACGUAGAACAUGGGCAAGACUUUGUAACGUGCAAUGCCGAAGAAGCGGUGGAAGCGAGCUCAAUGGCCAACUCGUACGGUGAUGAAGAUAGUUCCGGCUGGUCGAAACAUUUCUCUACGCGGCACAGUUUGGCGCACCGUCGCCAGACGUCGGCUGAUGAUGGUCAACCGACGUCGCUUAGCGAGUUUGAUCUGAUGCUGCAAAAGAUCAACCAAAGCGUUCCGCCGAUGUCGCACCUGGACCGUAUCGAUCAGUGGCGCGUUACGGCGGAAGAUUUGCUACAUUCGAUCCCGACGAAGGCACAGAUUGAAACGAGCUCGUCCUGGUCAUGUGCCAAGCGUCCAUACUGCUACGAUGCCGCUAAUGGAUCGAGUGAUGAUGAUUCGGACACAUUGGAAGAUACAGCCGGCGCAACGGGUGCAACUGGUGGUCCCUGCACGAGUGCGGGACUUCAAAGAAGCGUUAAAAAGAGACGUCCUAUUGAUGAUGAUGGUGAACGGUUAGAUUCGCCCAACACUGCCAUAGCUAACCCGAUGACGGCAACAUUGCAGCUCGGUAACGGCGACGGCGAUAAUGACGAUAAAGGUUUGGAUUUUCGGAAAAGUCAAGUUAAUCCGGAAAUUGAUAAACCGGUGAAAACGAACGCCGUGUCAAGUUCAAUACGAAUAUUGGAAAGGAAAAAUUACUACAAACUACCUACCCGCUAUCGACCGUGCAUGGAAGACGAGCAAGUAGGUGACCAGGUGGAAGGUGAAUCAGACUCUGCCGGUGCACAAUUGGCAUGUGCCGACGGUCGUUAUAAAGCCAACCCGUACGCCUACCUUCUAAGCCGGGAUGAGGAGGAACGGGAGAAAUUUUUGCAAUAUCUUCGUAUUAGCCCAGUGUUUCGAACGGAUGAGAAGGUGGCUGCGGGAUCCCGUACCCGGGGACCGGUGGAGAAAUGUAAUGGUGCAGAAGCGAGCGGUGCGAAUGAAUCAAACGCUAGCCUGAACCCCACCAAUGCCGUCAGUUCGUCCAAACCAAAGACGAAAUCGCGACCGAAACUGAAGCAAAAUAAAAGGAAACCAACUUCCAAACAUAGAACCCAUCCGUCGAUUAUUGCCAGCAGUGGUUUGCGAGGUGUUAGGCGGCUCGUUCUCAGUAGCUCGCUACGCAGUGGUAAAGUAAUACGCUACAGAAACAACCGAUCGAAUGAACGACCGCUCGGUAAAGCGAGAAGAAGGCCGUUGGCAAAGAGCAGCUCUAGCGUCCCGUCCGUCGAGAAGAAACAAUCCCAACCAUCGGAUGCCGUUGGAAAAGAGAUGGAAACGUCUGAAAAGCAACCGCCAGAUGCUGAAACCGAUCAGCAGCCGGACAUCGCUGCUACGCUACCUUCGACAUCUUCAUCUUCCACGUUGAUGGCGAAGAAGGGCAAAAAUGCUACGCAACGACAUCGCUGUUCGGUGGAUAGUGCGGUCAGCAGUUCAACCAGUGCGGAAAUGCAUGCGGAACAGCAGCAGGUUGGUAAUCGAUCGAAAGAAUGUCAAACGAUCGAAACCAUUCCACCGGAACAAGGACCGGCCCCGGUGCCCAUUGUCAAUGAAGGCAAACGCAUGCGAAACCCGCUGAAUCGUGCGGACGGUGACGUGCUACACCUGUUCCUGCUCGACGAACAACUGAUUGUGGUGCAGAAGGAACUCGUCAGCUUUUGGCGCUACUCGCGAUUAAGCUUGUUCCUUGGCGUAAAGCAAGAAUGGCAGCGGCGCGCUCAAAUUCGACGCUGGAAUCAUGAUACGGAGGUGGAUAUGCAGAAUGCACGUCGAAUCUUAUUAAACAAACAAGAUCCGAUCUAUCUCGAACCAAGGGCCAGGAACUUGUGUGAAAACAAAUCACGCCUAUGCCCGCUAGCGUCGAUCUACGUGAACGCAUACUUCCUUGACACUGUGUCCGUUGCGAAGGUGACAAAGGGCAGUGACGGACACGUUUCAAUCGCAGCCGGAGACGAUAAUGUCGAUGAGAGUAGUGCAGAUGAAUUCGAUGAACUCGUGCGGUUGAAAUCGUUUCAGCUAGACACAAUCAAAAGCUCACUGGAUGAUAUUCGGUUUUUGCCCUUGCCGAAUACACGCGACUUUCUCAUCUGCUGGCACGAGCACGUAUCCCAGUUAGAAUCGCGCACCGGACUGUGUAAAUACAGUCUUACAGCGGAUCUGCAAACGUUGGCGUGUAUACGAGAUUUUAUGCCCGUCAAGCAGAAGCUAACCACCUUAAAAUGCAUCAACGACAAAAAGCUGGUCGGGAUGGGACACACCACUAUACACAUCUGGUGUUACGAGAGCGGAUUCAUACUUCAAACGGUCGAUUUAAAGCUGGAGCUUGGAAUUAACGUUUGUUGUUUCCUACAUAUUGAAGAGAACAACGACAGUACGCUACUGAUGUUGCAAAUGCAUCAGCCGGAUGAUCCUGCGACGAGCUUUAAUCGCAGACUGCUGAAAGUGAUUGCCUUUAACCUGUACAAAGCGACAUGGUACAUUGCACACAGCUAUGAGAUUGCACUGGCAUCGAAGAGUAUUACCAGUGAAAGCCAACAGUGGGCACUGGAUGGAAGUAAUGUUUACCAUCGGCAAUGUUUAACUUUCGACAGCGGAGAACUGUUGAUGGUCAGCCUAAAUGAUCCAACCGUUUGCUGGACGAACCAUCAACGAUUGCAGAAGGAUCUGCAGCGGGCGGAAAAUGGUUCCCUACACAUCUACAGCCGUUUACGCAGCAAUGAUGGUGCCAAUGAUUUGUAUCGUCCACGCGAACGCAUACUGAACGCCGGCCAUUGGAAUGAUGGGCGUGAUCUGGUAUUUUUGAGCGAUCAAUUCCUCACGGUAAAGACGAUCGAUGAGUAUAUGUUGGAGGAAGGUAAAAGGUAAACCAGAGGCUUUUAGGACGGUCGGUCGGCUUGCGUUCUUUGAAGCAUAGAACUUUGAACUCAACGUGGUUAGUAAAGGGGCGUAACGAUUCUUCGCUGAAACAGCAUAGUUGAAUUGCAUAGCAUUGUUUAUUGAAUUAAUAGUAAACUUAGUAAACCUGUUUGUAUUGUUUUUUUUGUCUUUCUGUUUCUGAUUGAUUUUAAUAGGGUUAAUUUUGUAUUUUGCAUUCUUUUGUUUGUAUUUUUGUGAUUAUACAUACCACAAAUUUAUGUUCGACCGACCGUCUCAAUAAAAGUUUAUCUUUACUGCAAUCUUUCAAGCCAUAAACGUCGAUGUGAACGUUGCAAAAGUGAGACAGUAUAUACAUGCAGAUUUUGCCCGUAGGUAUUACUUUGGCAAUUAGCAAAUAUAAACAUUUCAAAUCGAGGGUGAGUUAAAACAAUGUUCAAAAUAGUAUUUAUUGCGUUCCUUUCAAUUUCCUCCAACCGAUGGUCAGUUAGCGUUUGGAUCGGCUUAAUGUAUCACUAUAGAUCCCGUGCAAUCGUGUGUGAUCUGCUAAAGAAAUAUGCUUGAACUGUACAUAGUGUACCAUAGCGUUGUCACCUAAGAGACAAAAUGGUUACAUACGUAAACAAAAAAAAAUGCAAGAAUUAAAAGAAAAACUAUAGUUUAGCCACCGAACUGAAAGUACUCUAUGCAGAAAACAGGAAACAAAUAAUAAAGGUGAUAUGAAAGCCUCAAGAUCUCGCUUUAGCAGAGCGCAUUGCGUUCCGAUGAGUGUUUUUGUUUUGCAUGAGAUAACUACAAUAAAUAAAAUAUAUUUUAAUUAAUGAAA